CAGGUACAGCCAAUCAUCACCAGGUCGGGAGCGAGGACACGCACGUAGACAUUCCAGUGCAGAGGCCCAUCACGAGGAGGGGGAGGAGUUAACUGACCAGACUGCUACGUUAACAUUAACAUCAGCAACUGCUAGGGCUCGGGCUCAGAGUGAUAGUCAACAUGAUCGUAGAAGAGAUGGAUCCAAAGAAAAUGGACAGGGAGUAGGUAGUGGUGGAGAGGAUGAUGGCAGUGGGACACCCCCUAUUCCUCCUCGUAGAAAAGAUAAACGUCGACAUAAUACUCCCCCAAGACCACAGUCGAAUGGCCUUCCACCUACACCAAAGGUCCAUAUGGGUGCUUGCUUCUCUAAGGUUUUCAAUGGGUGCCCACUACACAUACACUGUACAGCUUCUUGGAUCCAUCCAGACACUCGUGACCAACAUAUUCUUAUAGGAGCAGAAGAGGGAAUAUACACCCUCAACCUUAAUGAGUUACAUGAGGCUGCCAUGGAGCAGUUAUUACCCACCAGAACCACAUGGAUGUUUGUAAUUAAAGAUGUCCUCAUGACAAUAUCAGGCAAGGGCCCCUACUUGUAUCGUCAUGAGUUGAUUGGACUCCACAACCGGCAUUUGCACAAAUUUUCUUUACCCAUGAAUAAAAUACCAGAAAAAUUUUUACCAAGGAAAUAUACCAUCACCACCAAGGUUCCUGAUACAAAAGGCACUCUUCGAUGUUGUGUGGGACGCAACCCAUACAAUGGGUAUAAGUACCUCUGUGGUGCCACCAACUCGUCUUUGUACCUGAUGCAGUGGUAUGAUCCACUCAAUAAGUUUAUGCUGUUAAAGCAAAGUGAGUGUUACCUGCCUCAUCCCCUUAGAGUUUUUGAGAUGAUAAUCACACCUGACUUGGAGUACCCACUCAUGUGUGUAGAUGUAAACCGUAGCUAUGGGGCAGAUGAUGUUCUUCGGCACAGCCUUAUCAACCUCAACACUGGAACUACAUGGACUCCGGAUGAUGAUGAUGAUAUGGAUGGAAUGGCAACUGUUGUGCCUAGACACAACCUUAAUGUAAAAAAUGUUACUCAGAUUGAAAAAGAUGCCAUAUUAGUCUGUUAUGAAAAUGUGGUGAGAGUAGUCAACUUGCAAGGUAAAAUUAAAGAGAGGAAAAAGCAAACCUCUGAACUUCAGUUUGAUUUCAACAUAGACUCAAUAGUGUGUUUAACAGAUAGUGUUCUGGCCUUCCACGAGCAUGGUAUGCAAGGUCGAAGCUUCAAGAAUGGUGAAAUCACUCAAGAGAUAAUUGACAAUUCACGGCUAUUCAGAUUACUAGGCUCUGACAGGCAUUUCCGGGAUCCAUUUUAUGCAGACACUCUUCCAAGAAUUAUCACCUUGGAGAGCCGGCCAUCAUCAAUGCUAGAGUGUGAUAGUGGGACAUUGACUGAGGCCAACCAGGGUGUCAACCUCUAUAUUCUGGCUGGUCAUGAGUCUAGUAUGUACUAGCCACCAGAUAUUAUGAAGUGUUAAAUAAAGGACCUGUGUCGAGAAGAACACUGGAAAUGGUCUGAAGUGAGGUAAUGUGGUUCUGAUUGUGAUAAGCAUAUUGUGCUGAAGUAUCAAGUAUACUAUGUACUCUGCUGCUCUUUGAAGCGAGAAGCUGGCAAAGGCCAUUUUUUUAAGAUUUAAUCUGCAUUAAAGUGGCCUGAUUUAAAAAUACAAGUGAUUGUUUUUACAAUUAUAUAUCGUAUAAUCAUGUGUGAAGACCCAAGUGCUGUAUUUGCCUUAGAUAUUCCUCAAAGAGGUGGAUGCAAGAACUUUACUGCAUGGUAAUAAGUAUGAUACAUACUGGAUUUUACUUUUUUUAUUGGGGGUUUAUAAGCUACCAAAGAAAUAAAAUGAUUUUAUUGUAGAUUAAAAAUUGUAGUAUGACCAAGAUUACAAGAAAGCAUUGGAUUAGUCAGUAGCUAGGUUAUCAUUCCCAUGAUUGACAAAUGUUGUUAUUUCUGAGUGGGAAGAUGCAAAAGUUAUACCUCGUGCCCUUGCAAAUUUGAAACUGGCUCAACAGCAGUACAAAAAAUUUGCAUAUCAUAAUCUUGAGUUGCCAUACUUAGUGGCACAGUUUGUGUGUACUGUACUGUUGAAACAAAUUCAAGUGUGGUCAUCUCCAGGUGAAAUUGAUUUGCACCAUAUGGUGCUGAAUCUCUCUCUAGAUAAGAUAAUGCACUGAUUUAUGUAAUUGUUAUUUACAUCUAAUAUACCACACCAAGGCAGUAGUGGUGCAGUUUAUUUUUUAUCUCUACUGCAAAGUCCUUGAUAUGCAUUGUAAUUGGAAAUAAAAGGAAAUAAUUUGUUAAGAUUGAGAAGCUUCAUAAUGCUUGCACACCUCCCUAAGGUUAUUACCCUUUAGGUAUAUCAUUUAUCAUACAUUUAACAAAAUGCUAAACUAAUGUUUAAGGUCUGAAUUCAAGUCUUCUUAGUGGCUCAGGAUAAAGUUUUAUAUAUGAGAAUGUAUAAAGGAAUUUUCAUAGUUUUCAUAGGAAAACAUCAUCUAGGUGCAUGCCAAAUAAAUGUACACUCGUCCCUCACUUUAUGUGGGUUCGCUAUCUGCAGUUUUGCUUAUACGUGGCAACUUCUUUUAUACCAGGAAUUUACCAUGUGGUAAAAAUUCAUUCCUUUUUGAUUAGAGAGGGCAGUUGCUCUGCAUUUUUGCUCUUGUGUGAUUACUCCAAUACAGAUCCACUCGAUAUUUAACCGCUAUUGCAUUACCACACUAAACUGAUGUACUACAUUGAAGGCAGUGGUGAAUGAGGGAUGUCAUGUUAUGUGCCUCAUCCACUAAACAUGUCCAGGACACAUGAAUGAGGAAGGCAGUGAGUGACAUGGCUACCAGUGCAGGACAGGUCACCCUCCUGGAGUCCCAGAACACCCACCCCACUGACCUUCCUCUCUGCCGAAGCUAUGCCCUUUCCUCCAUGACUUCCCAGGCUUCCCACCCACCACCAUGCCUCACCAACAACUCUCUCUUUCUCCUUCCUCAGUGAGCAAAGAGCUCAUGUUUUAACACAGUGCAAAUAAUAAAUCUACAGUUCUUGACUAAUCUUUUCCAGAAAAAUGUGAGACCUUCAUACAUGUAUAAAAUUAGCAUUCAUAUGAAGUAUGAAUAUAUUUGGUAAUAAACUACUGAUUAGUGAGGAAAAUAAUAUGCAGACUUGGCAAAGUCUGAGAACAGACCCUUGUCUAUAACAUGUUAUAAUGGGUUUGUUUUGUGAUUUUGGUUUGUGUGUCAUCAGGCAAGAAUGCAUCUGCCACAUAAAGCAAGGGACGGGUGUACCAUAGGGAAGCUUAUAUAGCUCAGUUUGAGAGUUCUCAUGCAUUAAAAUUGUUUGAAGAAAUGACCAUCAGUGAGUUUUCAAGAAAUCUGAAUGUUUCAUAUACAGUAAACAUACCCUCCAUUAUAAGGUUUAUCAAGGUAACUAUUUUCUUAAUAGGUGCACUAAGUACGGUACAGUAUAAUGCUCCAUUACACUUAGGUUAAACUCUUAAUCAGCCUAGCGCUGUGAGCUCAGUACUAAAAUAAUUUAUAAGAAGAAUUCAUACGUCUAAUUAGAUACAUUUUUUGUGUGUUUCAUGAAAUAUCAUCCAAAAUCUGGUGAAAUUUGGUUAUUUAUUUACUGAAAAAUGCAUUUUUCUAAUAGCAUCUUGUUGCUGUAGGAUCACAAUGAUACCUCAAUUAUGUAAGAUCCAAUGAAGCAAAACUGUCAAUUUCUGCUCUAAAGUUAUUGUGUAAACAUUUACUUAAUGUAUAUUAAGAAGGUAAGACUAGGAAGUCAAAAUUGUCAUGUAAGCUAUUAUUUCAUAAGUCACAUGUAACUGAGGUAUGAAUGUACAGUGUACAGGCCAUAUGGAAAGAGUUACUAAUAUAGAUACCAAUAUCAUGUUUAUAACAUUGUUGUAAAAUUCUUUUGAAAGUUAUCAGAGAGCAGGUAUUAAAGCUCAAAAAGCUAUGCAGUGAUGAGUCGUGAUCAGUACUGUACUACUGUCUCUUCUGGAAAGUUGUGUUAAUAUAUUAAAGGGAACAUGUGUUAUUUUCUCAAUAAAAUAUUCUUUGUGUAUAAUUCUAAUAAUGGAAGAGAUAUUCAGUUGCACGUGUUACUUAAUCCUUUCACUGUCGACAUCCCCAAAUUGAAAGACCCUUCUGUGUUGCCAGUUAAAUACUAUAAUUUUAUCUUCAAAAAUGGUAGAGAAUCUUUUUCUACAGUAAUGACACCAAAAUUGCAAAAUUUGAUGUAAUACGUACUUACAGAAUUACGCAGGGACACAAUUAACCCUUUGAGGGUUUCGGACGUACUAGUACAUCUUACACGCAGGGUUUUUUUAUGUACUAGUACGCAUAAUUUCUAGCGCCGUCAAAUCUCGCAGGAAAAGGCUGGUAGGCCUCCAUAUGAAAGAAUGGGUCUAUGUGGUCAGUGUGCACGGUAUAAAAAAUCCUGCAGCACACAGUGCAUAAUGAGAAAAAAAAACUUUGACCAUUUUUUUUGGAAUAAAACAGCGACUUUGCACUGUAUUUUCGUAUGGUAUUUAUUGUUGUAUUCUAGUUGGUCUCAUUUUAUAGAAUGGAAGGCAUAUCACAGAAAUUGAGAUGAUUUUGACUGGUUUUACAAUGAAAAGUACCUUGAAAUUGAGCUCAAAGUAGCAGAAAUGUUCGAUUUUUACCAAAGUUCAAAAGUAAACAAAUCAUGCCAAGCGUCCAAUACACGUCGACUGGUGAGUCUAAUAUUCUUUUGCAAGUGCUCCAAUAUGAUUUAUACCAUUUUUUAAACUAGUGCAGUAGUAUGCAUAACAGUAAAUCUUCUAUUUUUUAGUGAGAAUAAAAAUUCAAAGUGGAAAGCAAAAGAAUGUAAGAGGGGCCUUGAGACGUGACUAAUGAACAGAGGAAAUGUCAUUUUAGUGCCAGGAAUGUAUUUCUUGUUUGUUCUGGACCCUAUUCGGAAAUUGGCAUUUUUUGAAAUUUGUGUGAAAUUGGCAAAAUUGCUAAAUUCUGACCACUGUAUUGGAUAGUUAAAAGUGGUAAAUGGGUGGUUUCUUGCACUUAUUCAAUAGAAAAAGUGUAGUUCUAGCGAAAUAUUCAUGUUUUUUGUCGACUAGUACAGUGGAAUUGGCCGAAAAUGGGACUCAAAGUGGGCAAAAUCGCCGAUGCGUAAACAUCGCCGAGACCGCUAACUUCGGGAGAGAAUAAUUCCGUAAGUUUUCCAUCAAAUCUCAUAAUUUUGGUGUCAUUAUGAUCAGGAAAAGAUUCUCUAUCUUUUCAUAAGAAAAAACUUUUUUUUUUUUUUUUUUUUUUUUAAAUUUGGCCGACCCUGAGAACGAGUUUCUGAGAGGGCCUGUCGACCCUCAAAGGGUUAAGGGUUGGUGAGCACUUCGCCCAAUAGUGAUGUUGCCCACCUUGAGGCCUGUUCUAGGUCAGCUCCAGUGCUCAAACCAACCCACCUUCCACCUAUUUCACUAGUAUGCCUUUUUCUAGUAUCCAGUGACAUAAAGUAAUUACCCAUUCAACCAUCAAAAUUAUUUAAUUAAAUGCCCAGAAUUUAAUGAUUUGGCCAAUUUUACACUAUUUCAAUAAAUUUCAAUUUAAAAACAGAGGCUAAAGCAAACAUUGCAGGCAUUCCAACCACUGAAACAACUUUCCCUCACAUCAUUAAUCAUAUCCCCAGGGCUCUCCAUUUUGAAUUCAUUGUCACACAAAAAAUUUUCCCUAUUUCUCGGCUAAUGGACCAUAACCAAGGAUGCUUGUUCAUGUUUAAUCUGUUCCAAUAAUUGAAGCAUAAUAAAGCUCAUAAAAACAGACCAAGGAAGGUAGGGGGACCCUGCCCUUCUUAAGAAAAUUGAGAAAAAUCUAUCAUAUCUGCCAUUUUGUGGCCUUUUCAGGCUACUUCCUCUCUGAAACCAACCAAAAUCUUCUCUUUGCCUCUAGAAUUUUUCUGAUCUACAUAUUGACACCAAAAAACUGCUAAUAAGACCUUGAAAAUCACUCGAAAAAUGCUCCACAUCCACUAUUUUAACCCAAUAGCAGGGUUGGAGGUUAGCAGUUCCUAUCAUACGCUACAUGGGGCAGGAUUUUUUUUAUACACUGCACACACUUGCCACAUAAACCCAUUCUGUCAAGUCUAGGUCAAAACUUGCCGCUUCAAGCAAAUUUGAAGACACUACAAAGUAUACGUAGAUCUAUGCGAGUGAUAUAAAUCCCACUGACAGUGAAAGGGUUAAGCAGAAGUUUGAUUACAAAUACAGUACAGUACUAGUACGUAUUGUGAAUUUUUGAAUUUGGACUACGUAAUUUGUGCUCAGGGCUUUCCAUAUUAGAAAUUUAAAAUUUAUCUUUAGUUAGAUUUUUUCUUCAGAAUUAGAGAUAUUUGCAAAACUUUAAAUUUAGAAUAUUUUCUUCAGAAUUUUCUGAGUAAGAGAAACUUCUGAAUUCAAAAUUUGGCAAAUCUUUAAUUACCAUAGUGAGAUGUUUCUAAUUGUCUGAUUUUUUUUUCACUCCUGUGAAGUUUUCCAGUUUUGGAGAUCAUUCUGAACUAGAACUUUUAUAUUCAUAGUUAAGGAAAUUCCAAAUUUGAAUAUUAUACCCAAGUCUCAUACAUUUUGUUCAUCAAACACUAUGCUGUCCUUUCCAUCUUCAUCUCCAUUGAUAUCUCAGCUGUCUUUAAAGAUGUGCACACAGAGUAGUAGACCAGAUGAACAAACUUAACCUCUUUGAAAAAUACCAUCAGUGGCAUGACAUCUUUGCUUUUGGAGGUUCUCGCAUUUUUCUGGUUAAGGCUACAUUUUUUUUUUUUUUUAGUACGUAUUUUUACCUUUACUUUUUGCUGAUGAUACUGUGCUUAUGGGAGAUUCUAAAGAAAAAUUGCAAAUGUUAGUGGAUGAGUUUGGGAGUGUGUGUAAAGGUAGAAAGUUGUAAGUGAACAUAGAAAAGAGUAAGGUGAUGAGGGUAUCAAAUGAUUUACAUAAAGAAAAAUUGGAUAUCAAAUUGGGGAGGAGGAGUAUGGAAGAACUAAAUGUUUUCAGAUAUUUGGGAGUUGACGUGUCAGCGGAUGGAUGUAUGAAGGAUGAGGUUAAUCAUAGAAUUGAUGAAGGAAAAAAGGCGAGUGGUGCAUUGAGGUAUAUGUGGAGGCAGAGAAGGGAAAAUAUGAAAGUAUAGUAGUACCAACACUAUUAUAUGGGUGUGAAGCUUGGGUUGUAAAUGCUGCAGCGAGGAGGUGGUUGGAGGCAGUGGAGAUGUCCUGUCUAAGGGCAAUGUGUGGUGUAAAUAUUAUGCAGAAAAUUUGGAGUGUGGAAAUUAGGAGAAGGUGUGGAGUUAAUAAAAGUAUUAGAGGGCUGAAGAGGGUUUGUUGAGGUGGUUUGGUCAUUUAGAGAGAAUAGAUCAAAGUAGAAUGACAUGGAGAGUGUAUAAAUCUGUAGGGGAAGGAAGGCGGGGUAGGGGUUGUCCUCGAAAAGGUUGGAGGGAGGGGGUAAAGGAGGUGUUGUGGGUGAGGGGUUUGGACUUCCAGUAAGCGUGCGUGAGCGUGUUAGAUAGGAGUGAAUGGAGACAAAUGGUAUUUGGGACCUGAUGAGCUGUUGGAGUGUGAGCAGGGUAAUAUUUAGUGAAGGGAUUCAGGGAAACCGGUUGUUUUGUAUAACCGGACUUGAGUCCUGGAAAUGGGAAGUACAAUGCCUGCACUCUAAAGGAGGGGUUUGGGAUAUUGGCAGUUUGGAGGGAUAUAUUGUGUAUUUUUAUAUGUAUAUACUUCUAAACUGUUGUAUUCUGGGCACCUCUGCAAAAACAGUGAUUAUGUGUGAGUGAGGUGAAAGUGUUGAAUGAUGAUGAAAGUAUUUUCUUUUUGGGGAUUUUCUUUCUUUUUGGGUCACCCUGCCUCGGUGGGAGACGGCCGACUUGUUGAGGAAAAAAAAAAGCAAAUUUACCUAUUCCCCCAAUAUAUGAAAAAUCUUACUGAACCUUUUAUCCUGCAUUUGUUGUAAUUUUUUCUAAAUUGAAACAGUUCGAUUUAGUCACCUUCAAACAUUUUGGUAACUGUUGUUCAUUGGAAAUCUCUUGAUAUCCAGUAAUAGCUCCAGUUUUUUUAUAAUAGUCCAGGAGUCAUUAUUUGACACAGAGCUGAGUUAGCAUGUGAGUGUCAAUGGCAGCUUGGCAGUGGAUGACCAAAGUGCACCAGACUUGGGAAUAGAGUAAAAAUAUAUAAAACUAUUCUAAAUAAAGGCAUAAUACCAGCAAGUGGAAAAUCCACUUAAUGCAGUGAUGUCUUGGUUGAUACAACCUACUCAUAAGUGAAGUGUUACACCAAUAUAGACUUCACUACAUUACAAGUCUAGUUACCAAAAGGUAAAGCUAUGUAUGCUGGUUCCCUUCACUGCAUUAUAUUUAUAUCUGUGUAAACAUACACACACACAAAAAAAAACAUGGAUAGCUCCAAGGUAGAAUUUGCCCAGAAAAGCGAUGUUUCAGAACUUGCCAUUUGAGAUUAGUGGUUUGCAAUUUUAUUGCAUCUAAUGGUUUGAGCUUUUUAGAAAUUGGUGAGUGUCCCUGCAUUUGUGCUUUUAACAGUACAGUCAAAAAGCAGUAUUCAGAGAAUGUAUUGGCAUAUUCACAAAAGUUAAGAUAGUUGUAAAUAUGCAUAUACAUGUUUAACCCGUAAAUGGUCCAAGCAGAUCUACGUUCAUAUGCGUAGUGCUCCAAAAGUAGAUCUACGUUUUUUUUACAUAU